GGGCGGGGCCGAGGGGCGGGGCCUCGAGUGGCCCGAGGUGGCCCGGCUGCUGGGUCGGAAACCGCACAGUCCGACUCAUCAAGUCCAGGUUAUGGCGUCCCCACGGGAAUUGACCCAGAACCCCUUGAAGAAGAUCUGGAUGCCGUACAGCAAUGGGCGGCCCGCUCUGCACGCCUGCCAGCGCCGUGUUUGCAUGACCAACUGCCCAACGCUCAUUGUCAUGGUCGGCCUGCCCGCCCGGGGCAAGACCUACAUCUCUAAGAAGCUGACUCGCUACCUGAACUGGAUUGGUGUGCCCACCCGAGAAUUCAACGUUGGCCAGUAUCGCCGGGACAUGGUCAAGACGUACAAGUCUUUUGAGUUUUUCCUUCCAGACAAUGAAGAGGGCCUGAAGAUCAGGAAGCAGUGUGCACUGGCAGCCCUCCGUGAUGUCCGGCGGUUCCUCAGUGAGGAGGGGGGCCAUGUGGCGGUUUUUGAUGCAACGAAUACCACCCGAGAACGGAGAGCGACCAUCUUUAAUUUUGGGGAGCAGAAUGGCUACAAGACCUUUUUUGUGGAGUCCAUCUGCGUGGACCCUGAGGUCAUAGCUGCUAACAUCGUGCAAGUGAAACUGGGCAGCCCUGACUACGUGAACCACGACAGUGACGAGGCCACAGAAGAUUUCAUGCGGCGCAUUGAGUGCUAUGAGAACUCGUACGAGUCGCUGGAUGAGGACCUGGACAGGGAUCUGUCCUACAUCAAGAUCAUGGACGUGGGACAGAGCUACGUGGUGAACCGCGUGGCCGACCACAUCCAGAGCCGUAUCGUGUACUACCUCAUGAACAUCCACGUGACCCCCCGCUCCAUCUACCUCUGCCGACACGGAGAAAGCGAGCUCAACCUCAAGGGCCGGAUAGGCGGGGACCCGGGCCUGUCCCCCCGGGGCAGGGAGUUCGCCAAAAGUCUGGCCCAGUUCAUCCGUGAUCAGAACAUAAAGGACCUGAAGGUCUGGACGAGCCAGAUGAAGAGGACCAUCCAGACAGCCGAGGCCCUGGGUGUGCCGUAUGAGCAGUGGAAGGUCCUCAACGAGAUCGACGCGGGUGUCUGUGAGGAGAUGACCUACGAAGAAAUUCAAGAUCAUUAUCCACUGGAAUUUGCCCUGCGGGACCAGGACAAGUACCGGUACCGGUACCCCAAGGGGGAGUCCUAUGAAGACCUGGUCCAGCGCCUCGAGCCUGUCAUCAUGGAGCUGGAGAGGCAAGAGAAUGUACUGGUCAUCUGUCACCAGGCCGUGAUGCGCUGUCUCCUGGCCUACUUCCUUGAUAAGGCAGCAGAGCAGCUGCCCUACCUCAAGUGUCCGCUGCACACCGUCCUGAAGCUGACCCCUGUGGCUUACGGUUGUAAAGUGGAGUCCAUAUUCCUGAAUGUGAUGGCUGUGAACACGCACCGGGACAGGCCUCAGAAUGUAGACAUCUCGAGGCCCCCGGAGGAAGCCCUUGUCACGGUCCCUGCUCACCAGUGACCAUGUCUCCUCCACUGCCACCCCCAGGCAGAUAUUGAGCUCUGCAGGUGCCGUCAUGACAGGCCCCCAGGCCCGUGUGACAGUUUCUCUGCUGGAACAUCCCAGAGGCCAUGCACUGGUCCCCCUGAUUCCUCAUCGAUGGUGACAGGGUUAGACGUCGUGCCCGAUGGGCUGCUGUAAAGCUUUGGCCAGACUGGAUCUGCCCGGGGGUGCCCCUCCCGUCCUGCCCGCCGGGAACCGGAGAGCCGCCAAGGCCCGGCCCUCGUGUCGGAGCAGCUCGUGAACGCCGUGGGCUCACUUCAGCAGAAGCCCACAGGGGGUGCGGCCCUUGUGGUCACCCCUUCUCGACCGUGCAUAUGCUGGAACAUUUUGGGGAGCUGGGGGCCCAAGCCACCCCUGCCCCAUGCCUGUCCCGGUGAAAGCACAUGAAGUCGGGGUGGCCGUGUGAACGCCCUUUCCUGUGCCGACGCAGGUGCUCGAGGAAGAGGCUGCCAUCCCGCCUCUCCGUCCCCUACUGUGCUCCCCUUGCUACCUCUGCCCCGUCACCGCUGUGUCCACACAGGAGCGGACCCUGGUGGCCGAGAAAUGCAUUUGCUGUGAACCAUUCAGAGAAACAAGCCUGUCCUGGCAUUCACUGCCCUCCGCCCGUGAGACUGAGCAGGGGACCGGCAGGAAGGCGGGGGCACCCUGCCCAGGGGAGGAUUUUCCCAGCAUGGCACAGCUUCGGCUUCCUGUGUGUGGGAGCCUGGCGUGAGAAUCACCCUGGGGGGCUGCUAUCUGUCAUACACCCCUGAGUUCCUUUGGGCCCAGGGAGGCAGGCUGGCCUCCCUGGGCGCCAGGGUCCUGGCUCCCUCUUGUCUCUGGGCAGGAGGCAUGGCUGGCAAGUUGAGAAGCUGCGUGGGGGGGUGUCUGGGUCUGUAGUCGGAGGCCCUGCUGUCCACAGUUGGGUCCUGGUCCGGGAUUCUGAGCCCACAUUGUACCUAGAAACUUCCCUGGCAGAAUAGCCCAUCUUUCCCAGCCUCCUGGGGCUUUGCAGCCUGUAGGUACCGCCUGCCCCUGAGGGGAACCUGUGCCCCCGCCCCGGCUGGUCAUCUCAGCCUUGUGCACUGCAGUGGCCGUGGACAGACCUGGUGGAGGGCUGGGGCAGGAGCUUCUGGACUUACGACUGCCAGAGCCCCUAGCCCUGAAGUCAGGACCAGAGGACCAUGCCACUGCCUUUGGGACAUGGGGACCACAGCCCUUGUUUCCAUGUCCCCCAGAGUUUUGAUGACUUGGUCACUUGGACAUGCUUGCUUGUUGGCCUUGGUGGGUCUCUUUGGUUGGCGCCAUGUACAUUGAGACGUCCCCACCUCUCCAGGACCGGCUGGCCGAGGCACGACCAGCGAGGCACAACCAGCGAGGGCAGUCAGGAGCUGCUGGACCCAGAGUGUUACGAGGACUGGGAUUGGGCAGAGGGAAGUCUGGGGGCAUGGCAUCGCUUGGGGCAGAUCCUCUCCGCCUCUGCCUGGAGUGUUCUCUGCAUGGGCAGCCAUCCACUGGUUGGCUGCCAGGUUUUAUCCAUGACGGUUCUCGUGUCAAAACAUUUGUGUCGAAGACACAUGUGCUUGUGUCAAAGACAUUUUCCCAUUCUCCCUGGAAUGGGUGAUGGUUGGUGGAUCUCAGCUGCACAUCACACUGUGUCCAGCAUUCUUUGCAAUAAAUACUUAAAGAAAAAAUUGGGGCGCCUGGCUGGCUCAGUCAGUAGAGCAUGUGACUCUUGAUCUCCGGGUUGUGAGUUCAAGCCCCAUGUUGGGCCUAGAGCUUACUUAAAAAAAAAAAUUAAAAAUGAGAAUCUAAGGUU